GAAGGAUCCAUUCAUUGAAGGAACAGAGUAAUUAGGAUGGGUAGCUCACCUCUCCCCCCCUCCUCUCUCUCUCUCUCUCACUUAUAAAUUAAACCUUCACGCUUUUAGAAACUCAAGGCCAUGCCCAUUAUAUUAACAACCUCCCAAAAUUCAACUUCUUUCUCCAUUUAGAAAAGCAACUUCCUACCUUCUGUAUUUAAAAGCCUUGCCUUUCUGGGCUUCUCGCCUCAUUUCACAUUUCUCUCCCUCUCCCUCCCUCCCUCGCUCUCAGCUUCAGCUUUUGCCUUCGCUUCUCUUCUCUUCUUGCACCCAAGCACGCCGCUAAUUGCCUCCCCAAGCACACGCCGUAACGUACGUAUGAGCGCUGUUUCUUGCUGAGAGCCCAGCACACAUCUUUACCUGCGUAUUCGAAAGUUAAUCUUGUUGUGAAUGUCUCGUAUCGUCGCCGAGGACAUAUCGCCGGCUAGAGAUAGCUUGUCGUUUUAUGAUCGGAGUCAAACAAUGGAACUUGCGGAGGCCCCCGGGCAUGUGUCGCCGACACUAGGGCAGCUACUGAAGUGUGUCGGCGAUGUUCGGAAGGAGGUGAUCGGCGACGAGACGCCGGUGCACCAGGUUCUUGAUCUAAGUGAUGCUGGCGUUGAGCCUCGACCAUUGCCGUUUGUGCUCUCGUUCAACAACUUGACUUACAGUGUGAAAAUCCGUCGGAAAAUGAGGCUCCCGUCAAUUCUCCGAGGGGGGCGAAGCGACCUAGGAGGGGCGGGGGAGAAUCUGUUCACGCAGACGAAGGUGCUCCUGAAUGACAUCUCCGGUGAGGCCCGGGACGGAGAAAUCAUGGCGGUGCUCGGCGCAAGUGGCUCUGGGAAGUCGACACUGAUCGAUGCACUCGCGAACCGUAUCGCCAAAGGAAGCUUGAAAGGCACGGUAACCCUGAACGGAGAGCAACUCGAGUCAAGGCUGUUAAAGGUCAUAUCAGCGUACGUAAUGCAAGACGAUCUCCUGUUCCCGAUGCUCACCGUCGAGGAGACUCUCAUGUUCGCUGCAGAGUUCAGACUCCCAAGAACUCUCUCCAAAUCCAAGAAGAAAAUGCGAGUCCAAGCCCUUAUCGAUCAACUCGGCCUCCGGAACGCCGCCAAGACCGUGAUCGGUGACGAAGGCCACCGUGGAGUGUCCGGCGGAGAGCGUCGUCGUGUAUCCAUCGGAACUGACAUAAUCCACGAUCCAAUCAUCCUUUUCCUCGACGAGCCGACCUCAGGUCUAGACUCCACCAGUGCCUUUAUGGUUGUUAAAGUCUUACAACGCAUCGCGCAAAGUGGAAGCAUCGUGAUCAUGUCCGUUCACCAACCAAGCUACCGAAUCCUAGGUUUGCUCGACCGCUUGAUCUUCCUAUCUCGUGGACAAACAGUUUUCAGCGGUUCGCCAAUGACUCUCCUUCAAUUCUUCUCCGAUUUCGGCCAUCCAAUUCCGGAGAACGAGAAUCGAACGGAAUUCGCCCUCGAUUUGAUCCGCGAGCUCGAAGGAUCGCCCGGCGGAACCAAAGCCCUAGUCGAAUUCAACAAGUCAUGGCAAAGCACCAAGAGAAGUAGUCAAAUAUAUGGAAUUCCAUCGCCACACAAUUUGUCUCUGAAGGAAGCCAUAAGCGCAAGCAUUUCGAGAGGAAAGUUAGUUUCUGGUGCAACCAACGAUGCCAGUCCGACCUCAAUGGUUCCGACCUUCGCGAAUCCAUUCUACAUCGAAAUGGCAGUGCUAUCGAAGAGAUCGUUCACAAACUCCCGUCGGAUGCCGGAGCUUUUUGGCAUCCGACUCUGUGCCGUGAUGGUCACAGGAUUCAUCCUCGCCACCAUGUUCUGGCAACUGGACAACUCGCCCAAAGGAGUCCAAGAACGGUUAGGUUUCUUCGCUUUCGCCAUGUCCACCACCUUCUACACUUGUGCGGAAGCAUUGCCAGUUUUCCUUCAAGAACGCUACAUUUUCAUGAGAGAAACCGCCUACAAUGCCUACCGUCGAUCAUCCUACGUUCUCUCCCACUCACUAACCGCCUUGCCCGCACUAGUAUUCCUCUCCUUUGGCUUCGCUGCCCUGACCUUUUUCGCCGUCGGCCUCGACGGCGGCCUCUCUGGCUUCGUCUUCUACUACCUCAUCAUCUUUGCUUCCUUCUGGGCCGGAAGCUCCUUCGUGACCUUCCUCUCCGGAGUCGUUCCGCACGUCAUGCUCGGCUACACCAUAGUUGUCGCCAUCCUGGCCUACUUCCUGCUCUUCAGCGGCUUCUUCAUCAACCGCGACCGGAUCCCGGCCUACUGGAUUUGGUUCCACUACAUUUCACUGGUGAAGUACCCAUACGAAGCGGUGCUGCAAAACGAAUUUGAAGACGCAACAAAAUGCUUCGUCCGAGGGGUUCAGAUCUUCGACAACUCGCCGCUAGGCGAAGUACCGGCGCCAUUGAAGAUAAAGCUGCUGGGCAGCAUAAGCAGCACGCUGGGGAUGAACAUAUCGAGCACGACAUGCGUGACCACGGGGACAGAUAUACUGCAGCAGCAGGGGAUCACGGAUCUCAGCAAGUGGAAUUGCUUGUGGGUGACAGUUGCAUGGGGAUUCUUCUUCAGGACUCUGUUCUACUUCUGCUUGUUGCUUGGAAGCAAGAACAAGAGGAGUUGAUCCUGAGUUUGAAUGUUGGGGUUGAUUGAUUCAGCUGGAGGCUUUAGGUUUCUGUUCUUUUCUUGUUUUUUUUUUUUUUUUUUCUUGAAUUUAUAAAUGGGAUUUUGGUUUGGGGUUUGCUGUGAAA